AGUCCCGAAGAUCCGAAGCCUACAUACACGUUCGAGUUAACGACCAACUUUUUCGCAAUCGAUCCUUCCGGAAUACUGGUCGUAAACGAGGAGAAUUUAGACCGAGAUCCUCCGAGUCCCGGUCGUUUCCGGUUUCAGGUGGUUGCCAGAGAAAAAACGGGUGUCGCCGCUUCCGCGCCAUUAUCGUUCGUGGUAACGUUGAACGACGUUAAUGACAAUGCCCCUAUGCUUCCUAUGACGGCUCCCAUCACUGUUCAAGCUGGAGAAACAAAACAGUUGGUCACGAAGGUUGAAGCAACGGACAACGAUGAUGGAGAGAACGCUGAAAUAACAUACAGUAUUUACCAUGUGUCGAACAACGGUCUGCAUAAAUUUAAAAUCGAUCCGAAAACUGGGGUGAUCGAGUCCAUGAGAAAAUUGAACGCGGGCGAACAGUACAGUAUUACGGUGCAGGCGACCGACAAGGGUGGAAAAUAUUCGCAAACGAUCGUGGAAGUGAACGUGAUCCCCGGUCCAAACACCAGAAGUCCUAUAUUUCAACAAUCGGUGUACGAAGUGCAGGUCAGCGAGGGUGCUUCGAUUAAUUCGACGGUCGCAACAAUUACGGCGGUUGAUCCAGAAAACGACCCAGUAUCAUACUCCAUUGUUUCUGGAAACGAUCUUCGGCAAUUCGGGAUCGGUGACAAAUCGGGCGUAAUUACUGUUAUAAGGAAGUUAGACAGAGAGGAUCUGACCCGUUAUCAGCUGCUGAUAAAAGCCGAGGAUUCCGGUAGUCUGUUCAGCACCGCGACGGUAAACAUCAAGGUAACAGAUAUCAACGACAAAAAUCCGGAAUUCGUGGACCUGCCGUACGAGUUCACCGUGAAAGAAGGGGAGGCACGAAAAUUAAUUGGCCGUGUGCACGCCGAGGACGCCGAUGAGGGAAUUAACGCCGAGAUUACGUAUUUCGCGCCUGACGAUAUUCCUUUCACGGUCGACCCCGAUACCGGAGACAUCCUGACGAAAAUUGUUUUGGACUACGAGCAAAAUGACGAGUAUAAAUUCGUCGUCACCGCGAGAGAUGGUGCUCCAGACUAUCGCCUAGCUACUGCCACAGUAACGGUGAAAGUUAUAGAUGUUGAAGACGAAGUUCCUAUUUUCCGUCAAAGUAGCUAUGAGGCCCGAGUCAAGGAAAAUAUACCAGAUUACACUGUUACACAAGUGAUGGCCGAUGAUCCGGAUACAAAGAAGCAAAUUACAUACAUGAUCAGACAAGGGGAUACCGAACUGUUCAGCAUAGAACCGAAGACUGGAGUGAUAAAAACUCUCCGCGGUUUAGAUUAUGAGAGAGAGAACCAGCAUAUUCUCAUAGUUGGUACCGAGGAAAACACCAAUGAUCUACCAGGUUCCACAACUAAGAUUGUGAUCAAUGUUCAGGACGUCAACGACAUUCCGCCAGUGUUCACAUCAGUGCCUCGUCCGAGUACUUUAGACGAUGACGUUCCCAUUGGCACGACGGUCAUUAAUCUUAUAGCAACAGAUUCUGAUGGCACCGCCCCCGGAAAUCAAGUGAGGUACGAAAUCAUCGGCCGUGGAAUAGCCAACAAGUAUUUCGUGAUCGACCCAGACACGGGUGUGUUGCGAAUAAGGGAUGAUCUGCGCAAAGAAACUGACACUGAAUAUCAGGUGGACGUACGCGCGCACGAUAUGGGAGAGCCACAAUUGUCCUCCGUCACAACGGUGCCGAUUUACGUUCGUCACGUUGCCACGGUGGCGCCGGAAAUCGGUCUGGGCUUUGCGGAGAAUUCUUACAACGUCGACGUACCGGAGGACGCCAGCGAUAACACGCUGAUCAAGAUUAUCACGAUCAUUAACAGCCAUACCCACGACACGACCCCGUUGAAAUGCGAGAUCUAUAGCGGCAACGAGAACGGAUUGUUCGAGGCGAACGUCACAGAGGAACGGAAUUGCGCGUUGAAGCUUAAGAGAGGAGCUUUGGAUUACGAAACAACGGAAUCCUAUCAGAUCAAGAUCAAGCUCGAGUCGCUCACGGGAUUGUUGAAUUCUGGAAGAAACACAACAAUGGUGAAGAUUCAAGUUCUCGACGUGAAUGACAACAAACCAGAGUUCGUCUUCCCAGAGAGCAAUAACAAUUUGAUGAAGGGACGUUAUUUCGCCGCGAUUCCACGCGGAGCGCAGUUCGCCUCGACGGUGAUACAAGUGAAGGCCAACGACAAGGAUAACGGGAGAUACGGGAAGCUUGAAUACAAGAUCCACGUGGGCCGAGGAUCAGACUACUUCGCGAUGGACAGUUCCUCCGGAAUAAUUCGAACAACGACGACGUUCGACAACGUGGACUCGAUGGAGCUCCCGUUCAAAUUCGACGUACUCGUCCGGGACAAUCCCAAUUCCACCGACAACUUUAACUCAAUCGUCGCUCCGGUUAUAGUGAAUCUGAUCGGCGAGGAGCAUCUGAUGGGCAUCGAUAGGAUCGCCGUGAGGAAGAAUUUAACGAAGAACGGAACGAUCGAAAUGUAUCCUCAAGAUUCUGAUGUCUGGUUUUAUGCAAUCCAUCCGGACACCGAGGCAAUUUUAGAUAGGAAUAGCACGCGAAUACAGAGAUCGAUUAUAGAAAAAGCAGUGAUGUCGAAUAUCACUUACGAUGUAUCUGUUGUGGUUCGAGCGAACGCGAUCGGCAUCCACGCUCCUGUAAUGCCACCUGAGCCUGUGCGCACGCAAACUGCCAUUGCUUUUAGCGGCGAAGUGUUCCCUUAUGCAUUGAUAAUCAUCGCCUGCGUUAUAUUGAUUCUGGGUAUUGCCGGCAUUAUCUACAUCUGCGUCUCUUGGUCCAGAUACAAGGCGUACAAGGAACGAAUGCAGCGUAUGUACGUGGUGCCUCGUUACGAUCCUGUGUACGUCGAGCCCAAUUUGAAGGAAUAUGAGACACAGGUGCUUCAGAUGAGCGUCCCCGUAGAUGACAACGACAGCUAUAACGAUCUCCAGCUUGAUUUCAGCAAUAAGAACCACGCGUUUAGCUUGGAUAACGUCAGUUAUAUUACCAAAGAUCAUGGAGAAAGCACAGGUCAACAAAGUCCGGUGAGUUCCGAGGCGGCGACCACGGCGCGUGCUUCGAGCAUAGUUGGCACACACGGCGACACGAACAUCCAUUCCCUGCGACGUUCCACUCUGGGCUCCUCGAACGACAACGUGACGUUCAGAGAAAGGAAGGAUUAUUCUCAUCUUGGAUUCACGUACCUGGGUGAACAGAGUCCGGUGGAAACUACCACGGAAUUGUAAACAAGACCACGCUGUGCUGUGGAUACGACGUUUGUGUUUUGAUGCUCAAUUCUAAUCUCUCGGCCGGCUCCU